AUGGUCAUGGCAGGAGCCGAAACAUCAUCGACAACACUUAUUUGGGCAUUCUCAGAAAUGAUAAAAAAUCCAGUUGUUAUGGCGAAAGCACAACUUGAAGUUAGAGAAACCUUAAAAGGAAAGAAGACAUUUGAAGAUAUCGAUACAGAGGAGUUGAAGUAUUUGAAAUUAGUGAUUAAAGAAACACUAAGAGGAAAUAACUUUGAGUUUAUUCCGUUUGGUGCAGUAAGAAGAAUGUGUCCAGGAAAGUUAUCCGGUUUAGCUACUGUAGGGCAUUCUUUAGCUAAGUUGUUGUAUCACUUCGAUUGGAAACUUCUUGAUGGAGUUAGUGUUGAUGAUUUUGAUAUGACUGAAGCAGAAGGAGUAGCUGCCUGUAGAAAGAAUGAUCUUUGUUUGAUUACUACUCCUUUUGAUCUCUCUUAA